AUGAGUGAUUCAGAUUCAGAUGACUAUGAAGUCAAUAAUUUCAUCCAAUCAUUUAAUAACAAAUAAAGAAAAGAGGGAAAUGAUCAUUUCAAUCCUUACAAAUAGAAUGGUUCUAUGUUGGAUGACAAAUACGGAAAACAAUAUCACAACAUAUAGGACAAGUUCAAUCCUAAAUAUCCAUUAAUGAAUGGGAAGGACUUUGAUCACAGAAUUGAAAAAAAGAAGAUUAAUUCAUAUUGGACUAUUGGUGAAGAUGUACUUUUGUUGUAGUUGGUCGAACGCUUCAAGACAGAAGAUUGGAAACUCAUCUCAGAUAAGAUAAAAACCAAGGAUCACAUCGAAUGUUCAAGAAGGUACACAAUGAUAAGGGAACCAGAAGAAUUCGAAGAUGAAGAAGAAGAAGUCGAUCUAACAUGGACACCAAAAGAAGAUUCCCUCUUAAUUUUUGCAUAUCGCAAACAUAAAGGAAAUUGGGUUAAGAUUUAAUAAAGAUUUCCCCAUAGAGACAGACCGUCACUUUAAAAAAGAUGGUCUGAAAUUGCCUUCAUCUAAUAAUAAGCACCUACUAUCUUCUGGGAUAUUGAAAGAGACACUCGGAUUAUUUCUAAUUUCUUGAAUUCUGCUAAGUUUAAUGAUAUUGCUUCGGAUUUAAGUAUUCAAGAGGAGUCAAUUGAAAAUAGAUUCCAUUUCAUUGUUGCAAAAUUGAGUGGCUAACUUGAAAAAAAAGGAGUCAAAGUAGAAUUGCCUAAAAAGGUAUUCGAUUCCGUUUAAUUUACUGAAGCUCAAGGAUAAUUAGCACUGCAAACCAAGCAAUAAACUGUCGAUACUCCCAAUGAGUAACAUCAACAUUAAUAAAGUGACAAACUUACGAUUGACAAUAUUUUGAAUGAUUAAAAACAUUAGGAAGCUAAUGGUGGAAUUAAUAGUAAGAUUGAAAAUCAAACCAAAUUUGAAUUGCCUGUUCAAUAAACACAAAUUCUAAAUCAUUUCAACGAUUAGAUUAAAGUGAAUGAUGAAUAAAUAACUCAAAACAAUCACUAAGAUACUUAACAGACAUAAGAAGAAUAAAAAUUAGUAGAACAAAAAGAACGAUUAUUGAUAAAUGACACCCUCUUAAUGAUGAAGAAAAGCUUAGAACAAUAGAAUUAGCAUUUUGAUUCCUUGUAUGAUAUCAAAGACUUAUUAUUGUAAAAUGUAAUAUGA